ACUGGGAUGAAGUUUUCUUGAAAGAUGUUACAAACGUUGCUAAUCUCAAGAAGGAUAUCAAGAGUGAAGUGGCACCUGAACUUGAUGCCUAUGCUCCUGGCAGACUCAUUCUCAAAGCCACAAACAAGCUCGAUGAUGCAAGCCAAGCGGUGCAAGAGACAGUCUGCUUAAAGUCCUGGGAAGGCUCCAUGUAG